CAUCUCUCUCUCUCUCUCUCUUCUGUGUCACCUCACUUUCUCUCUCUAGAAUUUCUCCUCUUUUUUUCUUUCCUCUCUUCUUGAAAAACAUCGGCAAGCGGGGGGGAGACUGCUAAGAAAAAGGACUCGGCCUCCUUUUCCUCACUCCCAACAAUUCUCGGAAACCAAAUCCGCCCGAGCGCGAGAGCGAUUUCUCUAUAUUAUCUAAAAAAACCAAAAUUUUUUUUUUUUUAAAUUCCGUGCACAUCCCCUACUUCUCUCUCCUCUCUCCUCGCUUUCUCUCUCUAAUACUCUCUGGAGAAGCAGUUGGAAUUGCAGCAGCUCUGCAUCUCGCAGAUCCCCUAUUCGCUUCUCGAUCCUCUCUCCUCCUCGCUCUCCUUCUCCUCAUCAAGCUCCUCGCUUUUCUCUCUCUUCGAAAUCUCCUGUUCCAUCUCUCUCUACCCUUUUCGUCUCUCUCUGUCUCGAAUCGCUGCGGGGGGGCGAUUCGGAUUCCCCUCUGUGCCGUCGUUAUUUAAGUCCUUCUUACCGGUUCCGUCCGAUUAGGGUUUUCGGGUCAGCUCCGGGGGCUCCCGCCUCGAUGCAAGGAUUGGGCGCGGGCAUGGCGCAUUGAGAAUUGCGUGGGUUCCGAUCGUUUCGCGGGACGGGAGAGAUGAUAAUCAAGCGGAAAUUGAAAUCGCGAGUGCUGAGGCUGAAGCGGAGGAAGCCCGGAGGGGACUCCUCGGCGGCGGCGGCGGCGGCGGAGCACAAUGGGGAAGGCGAGGCCGGGGCGGCGGCGGCGGGGGCGCGGAAGAAGAGUAAAUUGGGCAAUGGUUACUAUCCGUUGAAUAUCCUUGGUGAGGUGGCCGCGGGGGUGAUCCCCGGGAUCCUCGGCGAGAAGCAAUUCGCGGCCUCGUGGUGCACGGAAUUGUCUUGCUCCACGGAAGAGGCUGAGUUGGACUCCCAGGCUCAAGAUUCGGGGAGGGUGGCGAGCCGGGGGGUGGAGAUUUCGCGGCCCCCUCUGGUGAGGACCUCCAGAGGAAGAGUCCAGGUAUUGCCUUCUCGGUUCAAUGACUCUGUUAUUGAUAACUGGAGGAAAGAGAGUACUACUAAAGGUGGAUUGUUAGACAGUGAUGUCGAGGAGUACGAGAUCGUGGAAUGUAAAAAGCCGAAAUUCGGUAAUAAAGUGGCUAGAACUUUGAGUAAUGGCUUGAAAAUUAGGAGAAAGGAGGAUGAAAUUGGUUUCAGGUAUCUCGGAUAUGGUACAUUGUGUGAAGAAGCAGAGGGAGAAAAAGUUGGGCAUGGGAAUAUCGACAUAAGGAAGUAUUCAAGCUCCCGCAGUUCGCUGACGUCUAUACAGGACCAUCUGGGUGAGUACAGCAGGUACGCUGUAGAGGAGACCAACAAGAAGGAGAACUUGGUGGAAUGGCGUGAGGAAAGGAAUGAUGGAUUGUACGGGCCAGAGGACUUCUACUCGGGUGAUAUUGUGUGGGCGAAAUCUGGGGAAUUCGAGCCUUUUUGGCCUGCCAUCGUCAUUGAUCCAAUGACUCAAGCUCCAGAACUGGUCUUGAGAGCUUGUAUAGCAGAUGCAGCUUGUGUGAUGUUCUUUGGUUAUGCAGGAAGUGAGGAUCAUAGGGAUUUUGCGUGGGUAAGACGAGGGAGAAUUUUCCCAUUUAUGGACUUUGUGGACAGGUUUCAGGAGCAGCCUGAAUUGAAGGACUGCAAACCCAGUGACUUCCAAAUUGCAAUGGAGGAGGCAUUCUUAGCAGAAAAUGGUUAUACAGAAAAGUUGACACAUGACAUUAAUUUGGCUGCUGGAAAUACGACGGCUGCUGAUUUUGUUUAUAGAGGGAUUGAGGAGGCUACUGGUUCAAAUCAAGAUCAAGAGUUUAACUCUCUUAACUUUGAUGCAGUUGGGACAAAGAAAGAACCACGGUGCUGUGAAGGCUGUGGAUCUAUCCUUCCAGUGAGAAUGACAAAGAAAGAGAAAGUUUCAACUCCUGGAGGGCAAUCACUGUGCAGAUUAUGUUCUAGGAUGAUAAAAUCAAAUCACUACUGCGGCAUAUGCAAGAAGAUAUGGAAUCAAUCGGACAGUGGAAGUUGGGUACGUUGCGAUGGCUGUAAAGUUUGGAUUCAUGCAGAGUGUGAUAAAAUCUCAAGUAACCGUUUUAAGGAGAUGGGUGGCACUGAUUAUUAUUGCCCUGCCUGUAGAGCGAAGUUCAAUUUUGAAUUAUCUGAUUCAGAAAAGGGCCAACCUAAAAUAAAGAUGAGUAAGAGUAGUGGUCAGUUGAUGCUGCCUAACAAAGUUACAGUCAUUUGUGCUGGUGUUGAGGGCAUCUACUUUCCAAGCCUUCAUCUAGUUAUUUGCAAGUGUGGGCUUUGUGGAACAAAAAAACAAGCACUGAGUGACUGGGAACGACAUACAAAUUCCAAGUUAAGGAAUUGGAGAACAAGCAUAAGGGUGAAAGGUUCCAUGUUACCACUGGAGAAAUGGAUGCUGCAAUUGGCUGAAUACCAUGAAAAAGCUCUAGUUUCUGGGAAGCCACCUAAACGGCCUCCUAUGAAAGAAAGGAAACAGAAGCUGCUCGCAUUUUUACAAGGUUUGCUUACCCUCAUAGCAUAUACUCUUCUGACUGAAAGAGCCAAUUCUUACUUGCCAAUCUUCAUCGUUGAGACAGAGAGGUAUGAACCAGUAUAUGCUAAAUGGACGACCGAGCGAUGUGCUGUCUGUAGAUGGGUUGAAGAUUGGGACUACAACAAGAUUAUCAUCUGCAACAGAUGUCAAAUAGCGGUUCAUCAAGAGUGCUAUGGGGCAAGAAAUGUGCGAGAUAUAACAUCAUGGGUAUGCAAAGCUUGUGAAACACCUGACAUCGAGAGGGAAUGCUGUCUUUGUCCUGUAAAAGGUGGUGCACUGAAGCCAACUGAUGUGGAGCCAUUGUGGGUUCAUGUUACAUGUGCGUGGUUUCGACCUGAAGUUGCCUUUGCUAGUGAUGAGAAGAUGGAGCCUGCUAUUGGGAUCUUAAGCAUCCCGUCAAAUUCUUUUGUUAAGAUAUGCGUUAUUUGUAAGCAAAUUCAUGGCUCCUGUACACAAUGCUGCAAAUGCUCAACAUAUUACCAUGCAAUGUGUGCAUCAAGGGCAGGGUAUCGGAUGGAGUUGCAUAGCUUGGAGAAAAAUGGGAAACAGAUCACGAGGAUGGUUUCUUAUUGCGCUUAUCACCGGGCCCCAAAUCCGGAUACUGUUCUCAUCAUACAAACUCCUGCAGGGGUUAUAUCCGCUAAAAGCCUCAUACAAAACAAACGGAGGGGUGGUUCAAGGCUCAUCUCAUCUAGACCAGUGCUUGGCAAUGUUCCAACAGCAGAAAUCAGUGAAUUGGAUCCACUCUCUGCUGCAAGAUGCCGGGUCUUUAGAAGAUUGAAAAAUAACCGGAAGAGAUCUGAGGAAGAAGCUAUUCCUCACAGAGUCAGAGGAUCUUGCCAUCAUUCUCUAGGCAUAAUCGACAGUUUGAACAAAUUUAGAGAAGUAGACGAGCCCAAUACAUUCUCAUCAUUCCGUGAAAGACUACAACACUUGCAGAGAACUGAACAUGAUCGAGCUUGCUUUGGUAGAUCUGGAAUACAUGGGUGGGGACUAUUUGCAAGGAGGAAUAUCCAAGAGGGAGAGAUGGUUAUUGAAUAUCGAGGGGAGCAGGUGAGACGCAGUGUUGCAGAUCUUAGGGAGGCAAGGUACCGACUGGAAGGCAAGGACUGUUAUUUAUUUAAGAUCAGCGAAGAAGUAGUGGUGGAUGCUACUGAUAAAGGAAAUAUAGCGCGUCUCAUCAACCAUUCGUGUAUGCCCAAUUGCUAUGCACGGAUCAUGAGUGUAGGCCAUGAUGAGAGCAGAAUAGUCCUCAUUGCAAAGACCAACGUAUCAGCCGGGGAUGAGCUAACGUAUGAUUACUUGUUCGAUCCUGAUGAGCCAGAUGAAUUCAAAGUCCCCUGCUUAUGCAAAGCUCCAAACUGCCGGCAAUUCAUGAAUUAGGUUUGCACAGCACAGUCAAUUUGUUUCUCCACAAGGAGGCAAACUAACCCAUCUCGCAAAACGAGUGACUUCUAGGUUUCAGAGUUAUGAUUGUAAUUCUUGUGAAAAGGAGUAGCUCAGAAUCAAAUCUGGUUCUUUUUGACAAUUUUUUUUUUUCGGCUCAAUAAAAAGUUGUUGAUUCGUCAGGAUGUUCGGCUUCUCAGGUUUGUGUAUAUUUGUUCAUACUCAUAUUUCAUAUUCCCUGAUCAAAUGCUAACCAAAUUUUCUCGGGUUUUA